UUGUGUCGUUGUUUUGUCUGUUGUGCCAUACAGAACCACAGCACUCUCUGUCUCACUGUCAUAAACUCAUUUCACACAUAUCAGCUUAUAGAGAGAUACAGAGAUACACCUAUGGAUGUGGAGUCACACAUACAGGGCGUUUAAUCCAUGAACUGCAGACUUUUUGUCUGUCCGUCAAUUUGACUGAUAGGGUUGUAAACAAUCUGUCAUAGUAUUUAAUCCCGUCCUGUUCAGGGGAACCACUUCACAUUGUGGACUUGUUUACGUCGUCUGUGUCGUGAAGCUAACGAAAGUCUCUUGCAUGUUUUUUAGGAGGCUGUCUGCUCUCAUCAUGGCUCGCGUCUUUAAGAAGCAGGACCGUCUCGUCCUUUAAAUGUCUGGGACGUGUUCAUGGCUUGUAAGAAGAAGAAGCAGAAGGGUAUGGUGUUUCAUCAGGAAGGAGCAACCAGCUCUGCAGCGCCACCUGCAGCCAAGCAUCCACCUGCACACUGUGUUCUCCCUAAACCAGAGAAGGCAUGUGAAGGUGGGAGGGAACGGAGCAGUCAUGUAAAAGUGACCAACAGAGAGGCAAACAUGACGGGUAAAGGCAUCAGGACGCCCGGUGCUCUUCCUGCGGUCAAACCUCUGUCCAGUCCAAGUCCUCUGCAGGACAACCUGUCUCCUGUCAGCAUGUGCAGAGGUGUCCGAGUCACACUGGACAACAACAACAUGUGGAACGAGUUCUUCAGAUGCAGAACGGAGAUGAUUCUGACCAAACAGGGCAGCAGGAUGUUCCCCUAUUGCCGCUUCCGUGUCUCCGGCCUGCAGCCGUCCAGGAAGUACUGUCUCCUUAUGGACGUUCAGCUGUUAGACAAUAGCUGUUACAGGUGGACUGGCAGGAACUGGCAGACGGCCGGGAAAGCAGAGAGUCACAUGAAGAGUCGACUGUUUUCUCACCCUGAGUCCCCAUCGACAGGUCAACACUGGAUGCAGAGUCCGGUGUCCUUUUACAGACUGAAGCUCACGAACAGUGUCUCGGACCAGGAAGGGAACAUCGCACUACACCCGAUGCACCGCUACCUGCCGCGACUGCACAUCAUCCAGACUGACAAAGCUGCUAAAGACGUUAAGCUAACUGGUGCUAGCGUUGUCACCUUCACUUUCCCUCAGACUGAGUUCUUGGCGGUCGCUGCUUACCAGAACUCCAGGUUUGCUCAGCUCAUAGUUGACCACAACCCGUUUGCUAAAGGACUGAAGGAGGACUCGUCCGGUUCAUCAGGCCUGAAGCUAAAACUGAACUCUGGAAAAGAGACUCCCAAAGAGGAGGCGAAGGCAACCAGUGAUCAUCCUGUGAAGAAGAGCUUAAAGUCUUUGCUUGCAAACCACAAACCCAAAGGUUCAAAAGUAGUGGUUCCAAAGUCUUCAGGUUCUGGAGAGAUUGCGAACAAAGAUCCAUCUUGUGUCAAGGUUCCUGCUGAGAGUUUGUGCAGCAGUUCACGUCCUGCUCAGAAGUUAUUUUCUGAGCUUAUCAGGGAAGCUCAUGUUUCACUGCAGCGAUGUAACCUGGAUCAGCUGAACAUCAACAACGGAACUUCUCUAAAAACUGGGCUAACAAACGGACCAGGUGUUCCAGAGAAACAUGAGACACACAGUAAGACAUCGUCAGCACAGCGUAAAGCUAAGUCUAAUAGGAACUGUUUGAAUGUAAAAACCUCCAAAGACGGUACUAGGAAAGAUUAUAGUGAGGUGACUCAUGUAGUCACUGAUCCCCCAGUGUCCCAGACCUAUGUGGACUCCGACCACCGACCUAAACCAGAAGCGCCAUCAGAAGAGAAUGUAAAGCAGCAGCAGAAACGACCAGCGCCACUACCUUUGCCCGCCCUUGCUCUGUUUCUGAAGCAGCAUUCGACAAAGUCUAAAAGGGCCAAGAAUAAGAUGGAUGCUCCUCCCCCUGCACUCCCACCUGAGUCUGAAUCACACAGUUCUGAUUCAAACGCUCCAUCAAACAAUCUAGUAGAUGAUGAAAAAUGUUGCAACAAACCUUCUUCUGGACACGCAGUCACAGAUGUAGAUACAUCUGAACCAGUGGUGGAAGCAGCUCCUCCAUCACAUCCAGAGUCUGCUGCCUCCACAGAAACAACGGCACCAAGUCUUGAUGAUCCCUUUGUCUCUGUUUCAAUUCCUGAAUGUUUAGACUCUAAUCAGGCCGGACCUGAUCACACUACAGUGUUAUGUACUCUUGGGACAUGUAUGUCCACCAUGUCCUCACCUCUUGCUACCUCUGCUGCUGCAUGUCCAGUUUUAUCUCCACCCCUUGAUACAGUGUUAAAUGCCCUUAACUCGCCACAAACGCCUCCCAUCAUGGAAUCUUCCACAGUACCCUCGGACUCUCCAACCAUGAAAUCUCAUCUGUUACUUCCUGACCCAGAGUGUUCUUCUUUUGGCUUUGAGCCUUUGUCACCUGCAAGUUCUCCAGAACCUUUACCCGCCCUUCCUGCCUCGUUGGCUUUUGAACUGGACUCGACUUCUUCUGAGCUUAAUCAGAAACCAGAACCUCCUAAUGGGUCACCGCAGAGGGAUGGCUCUACUACGUCUGUGUUUAAAUGGCACACGGUGUUACCUCUGCCCGGGCCACCGUACAUAGACGCCUCAUUCACAACAUUUCAACCAAUGUCACAGACGCUUCCCUUAGCAUCUGUCAUGUCGCCCUUGUUGCCUUCCCCAAGUCCAUCCACCCAUGAACCCCAAACGUCCAUGACUCCUGAUCCUGAUUCUGCUCCGUCAUUUCAAGACAACCAGCAGUCACUGCCAUUUCCUGCAGAACUGUCCCCCCUGGUCCUCCAGCUGUCUCUGUCUCCAACCUUCUCCUCAUUAGAUGGAGACCCGCUGUCACCCACGCCUUCACUCACUGAACUUGUGCACUUUUUCUCCACCAAUGACGACCUCGGUAUGGAGGUCGCGUUUUCAAAUUCGGAGGCUGUGGUGAUUCCACCUCCUGCGACACCAGAGGCAGAUGUACCCGAACCAGUCCCAGCCAGGAAACCCGACAAAUGCAGGAACAAGUCCAAGAGGCGGAAACCUACUGUCGACAUGGAUGAAAAGGUCGAUGACUCUGCCUACGUUAGCAUGCAGCCCAACCUGGAGGAAGUGGAGGAGCAGCUGUUCAUCUCUUUUACAUCAAAGGAGGCACUCAAACUUCACGUUCCUGACUCUGUGGAGGAACCGCGCACUCAGGCGACACCUGAUGUUCCUCUGCUGCCACCUGCUGACACACCUGACCACGAGACUCUGCAGAAGAGAAGCAGCGGUGAGAAGCUUCUGCUCAGAGACCUGCAGCUGAUGAAGCACAGACAGGUCAUUCACCCUGUGCUGCAGGAAGUGGGUUUGAAGAUGAACCUGCUGGAUCCGACUCUGGCAAUCGACCUGCAGUACCUGGGCGUCCGUCUGCCUCUGCCCCCUCCUGGACACUAUGUGGCGCUGCAGCACCGGGAGCCGCCUCCACCUCAGGGUGUUUCUGCAGCGUUUGUGUCCAGAACAGGAAAAACCACAGAUGUGACCCAGAUUAAAGGCUGGAGAGAAAAGUUCACUCCCUCAGAGGCUCCGCCCACUCACUCCUCAGCCAAACCUGAAGCUGGUCCCAGCUCAGAUCAGCCUAAGAAGAACCUGUCUGCGUUCUGCAGCGACAUGCUGGACGAGUAUCUGGAGAACGAGGGGAAGUUGAUCGACGAGCGAGCCGCCAGCUUCUCUCAGCCGCAGGCGGAGCCCGCGGUCCCUGUGGUCUACGAGCUUCCUGCUCAGAGCAGCAGCUACGUCCGAACCCUGGACAACGUCCUGAAGAAGCAUGGCGUGAGCUCGCCCACCUCGGACCUCAUAUCUGGAUUCAUCCCCCCUUCUAAAAGACCCAAACUGUCCCUCAAAGAGAGGAAGACCCAGCAGAAACGGAGAGGUCCUAAACAGACCAGACUCCGACCAGAACCUACUUCUGCUCCAGGGUCAUCACUCGAACCAAGUCCUGCUGAGCUGAACCAGCUCCCUAAACUGCCUGCGGGACCACUACCCCCAUCAGACCACCUGACACCUGUCACUGAACCAAACAGGUCCCAGAAAAGUCGGCUGAAAGUCCAGUCCAACCACACAGAACCAUCAAGUGAGUCUCCUGAGAGCAACACUUUAAAGAAGAAGAGAAAGAGGAGGAGGAGACUCAAACCCAACACCUCGUCCCAGACCCUCAGCCCCCUCAGGGCCGCGGUCUCCCAGGACUUGGCUCCUCUGGAGUCCGACUCUGAGCUGGGCCGCGAUGAAGGCAAGGCCGGCCCACCUUUAAUGACCCGGGCUCUGCUCAGACAGAAGGACCUGGAGGAUGGAGUGGUGUGGGAGGGGCAACACAGGACCACCAUCACCAAGGAGCGGGCCGCCAUCGCCCUGACCUCACUCUUCACACUGAUGGGUUUUGUCGACGAGAAUCCCACCGCCCCCAUCCAGCUGGUCCGCCGCCGAGCCCCACCCUGCCUGAACGACUUCUGCCGGCUGGGUUGCAUCUGCUCCAGCCUCGCCUACUCCUCCAGGGUCGGCCACUGUGGGCGGAGCCUCUGCAUGUUCGGCUGCAGCUGCCUCAAACAGAAGGUGGUGCUGUUGAAGAACCUGGAGGCCUCGGACUCUAGCCCCUCCCACCCGAGCCACGGCAAGAAGAGGAAGAGGAAGAGGAGGAUGAAGAUGGCUUAUGUUCUGAAGGAGGCGGACAGCGUUUCCCAGCCUGCCGAGCGUGUCCGUGUCCUGUGGAAGAAUGACGGUGCAGACUCAGAUCCAGACCCGGUCUACGUCCCGGGACCAAUGAGUCCGACCCGUCUCACUAUUCAGCAGAACAGAGAAGAUAAGAGCAGCUGUGCUCGGGUCAGAGGUUACAGGGGGAAGAGGCGGAGUCAGAAAACACAGGACAAAAAUAAAAGUGGAAAAUCUAAAUCGGUGAAAUCUGUGAAACAGCAGCCUCAGACGCUGAAGGAAGCUCCUCCCCCUGCUCCUCCUCCUGCAGGUGAAUUCACUCACUCAUAGUUCAUCAUACAGCCUCCUGUCAUCCCAUUAAAGUUGUGCUUUGUUGGCCUGUGGCUGUAUGAGGC